AUAAAGAUUUGUGAUAUCAGGUCACGAUACAUGCGUGACUGUGUAAGUUGUCGCGGCCUGUGGGUGAGUGAGUGUGGCUCUCUGCCGUUACCGUCUGGCCGCGAUGGUGUUGUCGUCGUAUUAGUAAAUACGGCGCGGGCCGAUCGGUGUACACGGCGACAAGCGUAAGCGCCAAUAGCGGUAGCGUCCUGGCUUGGCUGACUGGCUGCUGUUAUCCGUGCCUGCCCGCCCCAUAUCGUCAUCGUCGCUUUGACUAUUAUUAUUAGUAGUAGUCGUCGUUUAUUUAUUGCGGCCGUCGUCAGCGGCAGGUUGUGAGUAUUGGCUGUAACGAAACGUAUAAGUUGACUCGAGUUGGUUUCGUUGUGGACGUCACAGAGCGCAAUAUUGAGCGCCGACGAAAUUGAAGAAGAAACAAAAAGCAAUCAUCAACAGCGGCGGCUCUGACGGCGACAAUAGCAACAACGACCGUGUCAUCAUUAAUGGACGAAGUCGACAACUAAAAUUGUGUUUUUGUGCUAUUCCUGUAGCUGGUUAACGUGCGUUGUUACAGAUCACGCUAUCGUGGUUUUCGCUUGGUGGUACUUGCUGUUAUUGUGGCGGUUGUUGCUUCUGCCGUCCGUUGCAAUAGCAAUAACAGCUGUAAUAAGCAGCCAAGGUCUGAGAGGGGUGUCAUAGCACUGCUUGAAUCGAACUAAUAUUGGUCCGAUUCGAGUCGCAUUCGAGUUUACAUUCCCGCCUUCGAAACGACGGACCCUGCAACGGCUGUAGGAGUACGAGCUUUUUCAUCGUCUCCGCUUCCGUGUCCCUCGUGAUCCCCCAAUUUUUACCGCUGCCUAUCAAUACCCGAUAAAGACAACUGCAGCAAUCAUCGACAGAUGCAUGCAGGGAGCAGCCAGCCCGGUCAAUGAUAGCAGCCAUAGAACAACAAAUGAAGCGAGGCAACUCGUACGUAGGCCGAUUAUCGUGGAGGAUAAAUAUUAUAUAAUAUAUUAUAAAUCUUUGAUGUAACAGUCGAGGGGAGCAAUAUUACUAGCUGUUAAAAAAAACGGUUCAACGAUCCAACGAACAUGUGCUAAUUUCGGUUUCAGUUACUUAGGUUAGGUCCAUUAAAGUCGGUCGUCUCAUCGUCGUCUUCAACUGAACGUUAGAGGGGACGCAGCCUUCGAAGAAAACCGAUCGAGCGUGGACAUAUUUAUCGGUCGACUGGUUGUGUUCUAUCGUCUGAGUUUGAGGGGGCGUUACAUACAAUAGCAAUAGAUAAUAUACUGGCGCACUCUUUGCUGACGUUAAUUCGACCGCUAACGCCGCCGCUGGUCAGAUUCGAGUCGCUUUCCUCAUGGACAUCUCGCAUUACUUCGUUAAGUGACCUUCCUGUUUUCGUUGUUGCACUAUACGAGGGUAUGAUUGUUAAGCAGUUAUCUCAAAAAAGAAAUUGAUAAGGCGAACACGCUCAGUAACCUUCCUCAGGUUCAGGCAAGCGCUCUUCGACUCGCCGACUGCAGGCCACCAGUACAACAAAGGCGCAAAUUUGAGAGUUAUUGUCCGACUGCAAUAGUUACGGAAUCACCUCGAACGUUGUGUAUUCAACCUCCACUGUGUACACAUAGAGCAUUGUAAUGAAAAGAAUCACGGCAAGUGAAAAGCACAUGGAUAAUAAUAACAUUGAUAAUAAGUGCCGGAUGGUGAUAGAGGAUAUUCAGCCGAUACUUCACAGAGCAGUGAUAACUGUGAACGAAGAAGCGACAAGGUAAAGCAACGUCAAUAACAGGAACAAAAGGUGAUCGCCUCGGGCUCGUCAAUUAGUCAUUCGGUUUUGUAAGACGGAUUCCAACGAGUGCUUUGUGCUGCGAACGGUUCCAUUACGAUAGAGUUGUUAAGUCACAUAAUAAUCAAUUGAUUGUACGCAUGGUAAAGAAAAAAGGGAGGGGGGAGCGCGUUUUAUCUCUCGGCGAAUGCUAUACAAAACAAAUGUAUAGAAGACCGAUGUUUUCAUCAACAAAAGUUACUCUAGUUGCUCGUUAUAGAGUUGUUAUUGAUCGUUGGUGCUGCUUCGUCGUGCAUUGAGUAGAACUGCGCUCAAAAGCUGGUGGUGCGAUCUAAAUUAACUCUCUUCGGCCUGAACGGUAGGUAGCAAUGUGAAAGUUAUGCAACUUCACGCUGAAGCGGGGUCUUCAUUGACUUAAAUGAAAAGUGUCUUUAGACUAGAUAGCUAAUACAUGGCAUAUAUCAAUAUACGGAUUGAGCUUGUACUGCACGCCAAGUGCUUAUACAAUUAAACCGGAUAAAUUUCACUUGUGAAAGACUUUGACGGAGUAUUACGCUAGAGGAGUUACUGGCGUCGCCCGGAAUACCUAAAUUGGCAGGUUGAUAGAAAUGGCACUCUCGUUUGAGACGUGUUAAACGCGCUUAAAAAAGGUAUUUUUUAUAAGAAUCUGGUCAAAAAAGGAUGCACUAUGUUAUGGGAUUGAUACAGCAUAGAACAUUAUUAUGUAAAGUCUCUUGACUGUUUUUUGAAAGACAUAAUCAAUCUCACGUGGGACCCAUCCACCACACCAGUGGAUGUCCAAGUCGGAAAAGAUAGAAUUUAAAAAGCCUUGAUAUAUCAUCAGACGUUUAAAGCAAUCAUAUACGAAGGAUAUAUUUGCAAAGAAUAUUUCAUAGAUCUUGAUAUCUCGCAGGAGGGUAAUAAGUAAUGGCCAUGAGAGACAAUGGACUUGAUUAAUGCGGUCGUAAUGUUAACCGCCGCCGUUGGCUGGAUUUCUAAUAGUUAGUCGGGCUGCUACAUAGAACUGAGGAGUGGGUGAAUCGGAACUGCUGUCCUCUAUCGAACGGGACGAUUUUAUUUCUCAGAUAUGCGAUGCUAGCUACCGGUGGGGCAUCGAUGUAUGUACGAGUGUCUGUACCUACUGGAGCUUUACUGAGGUUAUAAUAAUCUAUAAUAGUAAGAAUAGGUUUGCCGAGUUCGUGUUCGUUGGCUAAUUCAAUGGUGGUUGUCGCUCGUGAUGCUAUUAACCCUACCUGAUUGACACGAUUUACGAUGCGUGGGUGGAGGAUAAAUGUUAAACUGUAUUCACUAGUCGCAGCAUGAUACAUCAUAGAAUAAUAUUAUAGAUACGAGCAGCAAAUGGAGCAACAGCGGUAAUAUUAUUUGUACCUACCAAUGGCUCUUUCGAUCAGUCCACUCGUAAACUUUGCUUGUUUGAUGUGACACUUGGUCAUAGCGGCUCCAAUAGAACUCUUCUCCACGUAUGUACCGCUCACGCCAUUUGAAUUCAGUGCGGCAGACCGGUACAGGCCCCGAUACUCAUAAAUGACAAAGCUCUGUCAACCUAAUCAUCCUGACCAUAACAACAACACCAGCAGCAGCAGCAAGAUCAACGUCGUCGUCAUCACUGUGGCGAGGUCGAGAACAUGAAGGCCAUACAAGACGAUUCCCACCCUAACAACAGAACCAACUUGGCGUCUACGAACGAAGUACAAUGAACAACUCGACGUCACGAAUAUCGCUAGGGCAUUUUUGGCUGCAACUUGCGUAAUUCGGAAGCUGUGCCGAGGUGGCGCUGACGGCAAAAGGUCUAGCUACACCAGCUGGGCCAAAUGAAGCCACUGGUGCCGUCACAGCACCGAGCUGUGGCAAACAACUUCGAGUUGAAGGUGAAGUUAGUCUAACUUUAGAAAUUUCUACGUCCACCGCCAAAGUGGAAUUGCUAUCGCCUCAAUCAUUUUUAGUAGGCCAUGUCGCCUGCUGGAGGGGGCGUAGCGGUAGUCUGCCGGUCCACAGCGCCGGCAACCGCCUCUAGCGGCAGAUCUGUCCCAGGAGGAAACGAGGAUAACAAUAUUGGCCAAAACAGUGGUACGCACUUGGCAAACGAAGGUAUUGUCUUACCCUCAACGACGAUGCAAAGAAGAUCGGCGAGUGAACGCGAUCUUGUUGAGGGUCUUGUGCCCCGACGACGUCAGAGCCCGUCAAGGACUGAUCGCGGCCUUUUCACCUUGCCUAGGCUCCCUCUAAAAAAAAGCUGUCCUUCGUCGUCGACCGUGGGCUUCGUCGGGCGCCGAGAUAUAAAAUAUACGUCCCUCGAAAAUACUUCGGAUGCGACGCCACAACAGACGCCCACCUUAGGGCGUAGCUCGCGCAGUACUGAACGACGGUCAAUUUUUAGUUCAAUAGUGAGGUCGUUUUCUGUCAAGCGUCCUCCAGCAAAAAAGAACCUCAGUCUAAGCAAUGGUGACCUCACCCGGCCCGCAGCAACUGGUCACCGGCCAACACGAUUAACAGUCGGAGCACUGAGAAACGAUGAAGCUUGCGACUAUGACAAGGCGGUAGAUGAUGCGGGCGACGAUGGAAGCGGAAUGGCAUUUGUCGUCGGAGGCAUAGCUGGUAUACGGAACCAUGGGAACACCUGUUAUCUAAACGCCAUCGUACAGUGUCUGUCAAACACGGACGCGUUCGCCGAGUAUCUCGUCCUUAAUCGCUAUCAGGUAGAUCUGAGCUACGCUCGAAAAAACAACCGUAAAAAGUACGGCACUCGAGGCGAAGUCACCGAACAGCUUGCCCUACUUAUUAAGAGCCUAUGGAGCAGUACGAUGUAUCCGGAAAUCAGUGCCAGGUUGAAAAGUGUUGUAGGUAAGUAUGGGCCGCAGUACGCCGGUUCCGAGCAACACGAUGCGCAGGAGUUUCUGAUCUGGUUAUUGGAUAAAGUGCACGAAGACCUCAAUCGGGCCAAUAAAACAAAAUACAAAAAGGUAGACAGUAAGGGUAGCGUCCUAGGAAAGCCAGAUGAGUUUUUGGCGGCCCGCGCACUCGCAAGCCAUGCGCGCUGCAACUCUUCAUUUGUCCAGGAGUUGUUCCAGGGCCAAACAAAGCUAACCCUCACGUGUCCGUUGUGCCGCCGAGAAUGCAAGACGUUCGAUCCAUACGUCUGUCUGUCAUUACCCAUUCCACUAAAGUUAAAACGGCUCGUACCAGUACAUUUGAUUAACCUCACCGGCGAUAAUCGGCAGCUGGAAUUCGCGAUAGAGUUGUUCGACAACUCGACGAUUCGGGAUCUCCGAGAGAAAGUUUCAGAUAGAUAUCGGAUUCCUGCACGGAAUCUGCUAUUCAUGCAGUUACUUCCUGAGACGGAAGGUGGAUUUGGUUCAGUUUACGCCGACAGCGAUUCAGUCGUCUCGCUCCUUGACGAUCUCCGCUCGCGAGGAAACUCGCGUUUUGUAACGUGUCUCGAGACGCCAAAACCAAAGAAAACGAACGAACAUGGAGAACACGUUAUGGUCAUUUGGCAGAACCGAACAACUGUGGGCGGGCCGUUCGGUCCCCCAUACGUUAUCCAGGUCCGAAGGGAUAUCUCAUUCGAUAACCUGCGCCUACUUAUGCUCGACACGAUGGCGGAGCUUUUCAACGAUGAGUACCUUCAUGAGGAUGGUGACUGUGCACAUUACGAUGGUGGUACGGAAGAUCUCAAUCAGCAACUCCUUAGCGGCGGCGGCGGCGGCGGCAGCAGUAAAGAACUAGCAUCCUCCUCAACGCAGUACUCAUUUAGAAAUGACGAGCGACACGUCUUCGAUCUCGAGGGCGUCAACUUGACUCCACGCGCCUCUACAGACACGAUCGAUAACUUGUCUCAUCGUUAUAUCGUCCACCAACAAACGGACAAGUGGGUCGAUAGGUCUCAGCUGGCCAGACAGACGCCAGCGACAUCAGGAACCCUAAGCGAACGACCCAUUGUACCCGAGUUCCCGACGUCAUGUUUCUCGAUCCUCUGCGCCGAUAUGCUGCCGGAGAGGAACGAGCUUCGUGCGAGCGACGAAUUACCUUUAUACACAGAUCCUGUCGAGCAUAUUACGGCCGUGCAAUAUCCGUCCGUAGCAAAACAUCUGCGGCUUGUUCUCGAGUGGCGUGACGAACGAAUUUGCGAGCGAAUACGUGAACCCUCGGGACCACUUCGAGAUGAGAGUCUAUGUGGCCUUGACGAGGCUGAUGGAGAGGCCGCUGUACCUGUGGAUCUCAACGACUGCCUUAACGCAUACUUCAGCGAGGAACUGCUAGAGGCAGACGAAGCGUGGUUGUGUCCUACGUGCGAGCGACGCCAACAGGUGUUGUCCAAGCUUGAUUUAUGGACGACUCCCGAUGUUCUGCUUAUCCAUCUCAAACGAUUCAAACAAGUAAACCAGGAACGGUCAAAGAUUUCUUCACUAGUAGAAUUUCCGCUAACCGGCCUCGAUCUAUCACGCUUCGCCGCACAACGUGGCGACAGCCCUGAUCUGUUGAGGAGGGAGCGGGAUCGCGACCUGCCGAAAGACACCUUUUUCACGUGGUCACCGUGGAAAAACAGCGUUCACAGGUCACCACUGCGAAAUGUUGAUCCACGAAACCCGCAUAAUUUCAUUUACGAUCUAUAUGCUGUAUGUAAUCAUCACGGCACUAUGCAAACGGGGCAUUACACAGCUUUUUGCAAAAAUCCAGUAAAUGGCCUCUGGUAUCAUUACGAUGACGCGAUCGUUUCGACGGUAACCGACGAAUCGCACCUGACCACUCGCGACGCCUACAUCCUUUUCUAUCAAAGGAACACAUUCAACGUGUCGCAGUCUUGCUCAUCUUCUAGCUCGGGAUAUAGUUCAGGUUCGAACGAUAGCGCAAAUCGGCAUUGGUCAAUACAUCGGGAGCAAUUCUUCUACUCGAGUGCUCCCAGCUCGAGUUUCGACAACCUUUAUAAUAAUGACCGACAAACUCAGACGCCGCAGCCACGGCGUAAAUGGCGCAACACGAAACGAUAUGCGACAAUGGGUUCUGGCGAGCGCCGCAGUAGGGGCGGUGAGCCGGGGCGACCCCUGACUGCCGAAAAUACAGGUCGACCCAACCGGGACGUCAUGAAAGAUGUAGGAAGCGAUACUUCAUUGGUUAUCGGAGGAUCAACAGGACUAACAUCGAAAGACGUGUCAUCUUGUGUCCCGAAAAAUAGCCAGAGUGCCGCUAACAUAAACGAGCUGUACGCUGAGGCCGAUGAAUACGUUUUACGGCCAGCCAUCUACUGUACUGUCACCUCCGUCUAGCCGAGCCAAUGCAGAGCCGGGCAGGCGAAGGUGACAAUUAACACGAGGUCCUUUCCUCAAGGUCCGCUUAGUCAGGGCCAUUAAAGGUCAAGGACAGCUGCGGCGAUCUUUAGUGCUAACAGCGACAGCGAUAAUCAGGCAAAUCCUGCGCCGUAACGAGACCCGCUUGUAGUUCGUUUGUAAUAGCUAGCUUAAAACUGUUCUAGUUUUCAUAUCUAUGCUAAACCUCAUCCGUCUCUGGGUAGAUGCUUUUAUUGAUCGUCGAUGGAAAUGAUCGACAUUUUGUCUGAACUUCGUUGUUAUUACUCAGUUUAAAAAGAAAUACUACGAUGAGCGCAUUUAUUGCGGAAAACUAGCUAGUAAGCAUUGUGUUGCGCGUAAACGUCACAAUACGGUCCUUGUUUAUCUGUAACGAAAAUGAAGGGAUGAUUAAUUAGCGAUCGAGAGAUAGCAGGCCGAAUAGUAAUGUUAUAAUAUACAGGCGUAAUCGGUGCUCAGGGGAUGUAUGUAUUACGUGACGGUGUUUUUCUGAACACAAUUACUGUUGCUUUCGUUUUUAUCCUCUGCAGAAUUGUAACAUUUUAUCCAAAGGUAGUAAUAAAACAGAAAGUUCGGUAUCUCGAACAUGUUAUUAUAGCGUUGAGUUCCGCACUGUUGAUGCGUCUCUUUCACACAGAGCUCGCCGUACAAAAUGCACGGUUAAUUUAUUUGUUGUAUAGAAAACGUUGAUAAAUAGCAGUGUGUUGAUAUACGGUAUGUGAAAUAUUGCUAUACAUAGAUUUUAUAAUAUGACAUGGUCAUGAAAAUGUGAUCAUUAUUGACGUGGACAAUGUGCACGUAACGUGCUGAACGUAGAUAAUUCAUCCGUCUACAAGUGUAUAGGGUCUUUUAGCUCGUUCUAUUUGGUAUUAUGAAGGUGAAAAGGAUUUCGUCAUUUUUGCUGAUGAGGAGACAAUUUGAAAGCAACACCUAUUCUGCGUCUCGACGUUUCCUAACAGAUAACAAUUACGCAGUUAUGUUUAUUAUUAUUAUUAUAAAAAUCACUAAAACGCAGCGAAUUCACGUCGUAAGACCAGGAGUGCAGACGACGUUCACAAAGUGUCGAUAAUGUACCGUGGCUGAGCGCCAAGAUUCUGGUAGCAUUGUUGCUAAUUGUUGUUGAUAACAUAGCGAAACUAUCCAUAAGUACGUAUACAUACUCAAAUUAAUCAAGGUACAAAAGGCCUGUUUUGUCGUAGAGAAAAAAAAAAAAAAAAAAAAAAGAAAACUCAACUGGAAAGAGAAUAUGUGGAAAAGAAAAACGUACACCACGUUAACAGCGCGGAAAUCAUAGGGCUUUUCUGCGUGAUAUCAGAAACUUGUAGGUUCAUCUACUUUCGCUCCUCAAAACCCCUAUCGAUUAUUAGCCGUCAAACGGCUCAUAGCCCGCUAGGUAAACUUGUUAAUAUUGAAAAGAAAAUUGAGAAAGGUAAGUUAUUAUUAAUGACUGUGUGAUCGUUGUCUAAGAUUUAUACAUACAGUCUGUCACCAGAACAAGGUGACGGCUUGAAAGACUAAACACAAUGGGGACAUGGAAAGGGUUAAAUUCGGAGAUUAUUAAAAAACGGUUGUCCGCAGCCAUUUUGGACUUCGAAAUUAUGACUUGGCCAAACACAUGUUUUUCGACAUUAUUCCUUCAAGCGCUAGCUGGUACUACGCUGCUACCAAAAUGAGCUCCCUUAGUUAAGGCUAAAUGUUCAUCUUACUGUACAUCUGUACUCGUACAUUACAUCUUUGAAUUUUCCCUUUGUCAGGUCUGGCGAGACCUUAAUAGCGUAUACUAACAAUGUCUCGAAGAGUAACUGGGCGGGUCAUUUGCUUGUUUCAACCCAUCUAAUAAAUGUACAAAUGAGCCUCUACCAUCCAUUUGGGAAUAAGCCGAUUCUGCGAUGCCGAGAACAGUGAACAAAUAUUUUACUGUUUUCGUUAAAACACAUUUAAUUAAAUUGGUGUGCGAUGCUUCGGCUACUAGUUUAAUCCUUAUUAUAAUAAUAAGUGGUGACAGAUCAUUUUCCUCUUUGCAUACGAUAACACCGAAAUCUUUCGAAAUUGGUUAUCUAUGUUUAUUCAACAUAAGGUACGACCUCGUUAAAACCUCAUAUAGUAAACAUAUUUUUCGAUUCUUUUCCACUUAAUUCAUAUAUAUUUCAUAAUAUAGAAAAUGUCAAACAACCUGGACUCAGCAUAUGCUAAGUUCAUUCGAACGAAAAACAAAUACCGAUUGGUUAUUUACUGUUUGAUGAUGUCGUUACGCGAUGUUGAACAGGUAACAAAAAUUUGUAUAUACCUAAAUAUUCAGUACAUUACUAUACCAGUACGAUAUGAAAAGUAUCUUUCAUCGUUUAGUGGCGUCGAAGGCAGCAGCUUCGUUGUAUAAUACCUGCCCUCACAGGAGUUGCCAGGCGGUUUGUGAUAGAACGCGGGAACUACUAUCGCUAUUAUUAAUUAACUAUGUUACUGUUAAUAAUUAUCAUCGCGAAAGGAUAUACAACUACAUAUGUAUAGUAAAAAUAACCAUACUGUUGUUGUAGCUGAUGAUAUUUAAUAUAAUUAUAAUAAACGACAGGGUUUUUCUUAUCUACAGGUUCCUAGGAUGUUGGUGUCAGUUCCGAGGCUUUGCAUGGGGGUAGUCUUGUCCGUUGCUACAGACGCCUGAUGACAUUCAGCACACAAACGAGGCAGACGUUCGCCCUUAAGCGACGGACGCUGUCAAGUCUCUAGUUAGGAACAAACAAUAUCUGAUGUUAUUUGAAACGACAUGCAGGAUGCAUGUUACAGGAUUUAUGAGAAACAUCUCUCGCCUUUGAGAGCCAAUACAUGUCUGUAUUUUAUUUGAUAUGGAUCAGUGAACUUAAACAACAAAGCUUUUAACGUGUACGAGCAGCGUCCAAGCAGGUAUAGAUCAUACAUAGAACGUAAGCAUUCCUUGCUUGAGUCCGGUGUAGAUACGCAUUAAGUGCUAUCGUCAAGCAGAUAUCUAUUCGCAUGCUGAAAUAAACCGCACAAUCUCAGAAUUGACAUUUUUGUGGAACAAGGAACCCGUAGGCAUAAUGUAAAGCGACGUAUCGCAGGGUGUAGCCUGCUAAGUAGACCGAUGCAGGACGGAGUUCUUGGCUAGUGCCCGAAGAGGCCUAAAGGCCCUAGUAAACAGAAAAAAAGAAGCUGACAAUUAAAAAACACACAAAACAAAAAAUACUAUAGAAACGUUUAUAUACAUGCGAGGACAAGCGUAAUAGAUACUGAAGAAGGGUGGCUAGCAUCUCAUUUGCCAGUGUUUGUAUAUGUUGUUAACGCUAACUCGUACAAAAGAUACUUACGCCCAAAACAAGGAAGAACGAGAAGAGUUAGUGUCUAGUAAAAUGUAAUUAUGAAUACGAAUAUUAUUAUGAAAGGAGGUAAAUAGAGAUAUUAAGUGUGAUUGUAAUGAUGAUGGUAAAAUGACUAAUAAAAUAAAUAUUUACGUGAUUGA